AUGCCUGAGACGUCGUGUUGGUCGUUACUGCAGAAUCCAGGUCAGCCCUCUCCAUUUCUCGUCGUCACGUUUUUCGACGAACUGGGGACCGAGAAGAAUCUCAGUUUGGUCCAGGCUGACAUUCUCAGGGGUGAGUGUCUCUCGAAGGCAGAGGGCGGCCACUUGCUGAGUCUUCUGCUGCUCUUCUACUCGGACCCGAAUCUGUCGAGAUGGGUGUUGGAGUUCAAUCUGAAGCCUCGCGAGUUCUCCUUUGACGUUUUCCAGGAAGAACAACGUCGGUGGUUUAACUUCCCGCUGCAAACGCCUCCCCGUCUCCAGCUCUCCGGGGAGUGAGGCAGUGUUUUCAUUGCAUUUGGGGGGUCACAGGGGGUGGUCUUCGCAGGAAGCUUCCCCUGUCUCGUGGGAGAAGCCGAUCAGCCUAAACACCCACACAGUCACCUCUCCACUGACAGCUUUUCGCAUCUUGAAGCGCGCCUAAGUGUGUCUUUGAACUGCUAACUCGACCGAAGUUUACUUUCCCUCCUACAAACACUUUGUGUCCACGCCCCAAAAAGGUGACACAAACUCGGUUUCCACCUCUUAACCGACCGCACGGGAACGGGAGGUUCUGUCAGAAAUCUUCUCGUCUGUAGCGUUCCCCAGCUUUGCGCUAGAGGCACUCCAUUCGGCACGCAUUCGAGCGGUCUGAACAGAGAGCGGUCAGAACAGAGAGCGGUCAGAUCGGGGGUUGAGACAAAACGGAGAAUGAAUGCCACCUGCGUUGGUCACUGUAGAAUCGCACUUUAGCAUUUACACCGCACACUCGAGUUGGGUUCUCUCGACUUUUCUUCCAGUCUGGCUGCUACAAUGAUUAGGGCGGGCGCUUUUCGCUGAUUGCUCCACCGUUCAGUUGCGGUACUGGCCAGGCGCUCAGCGGCAGCCCGUGUUGAAAGCAGCAUGUGUGCUGUUCCUUCGACGAUCGGCGUUUGAAAAACGCGUGCCAUCAAACCGAAGCCGCCAAAGAAGAGACCUCACCGUAGUCGAACUCGAAGUGUCU